AACUUGGCAUGUAUUUUAUUGUGCAAUAACGGGUCGGCGUUCUAUAUUUUCUAAAUAUUAUUAAUUAAAGUGCAAUAAGAAAUGAGUAACUUGAAGAUUGGAAGCAUUUUGACCAUUGGCGCUUCGGCCUUGGGUGCGUUCUAUCUCGGUUCAUAUACAGAACGCCGCAGCAAUAAUGAAAGUGGUCGAGGAGAUAAAUUAACACGUUUACCCGGAUUGCCUGCAUUUGCAACCGUUUCAGCGGCUUCACUGAUACCAGCUAGCGAGAGCAAUCUGUCGGCAACACCCUCACGAAUUGGGCAGAUUAUGAAAUAUGGGUUUCCCGGCCUGGAUCAUGUGCGUUCCCAGUCGGAUUAUGUCUUGUCCUAUGACAGACGCAACCGGGUGCCUCAUUGGGUGUUCGAGCACCUAACCGCCGAAUCGGUGGCCAAAAACGAUGCCGUCGAUCGUGCCAAGUCGGACUUUAAGCCCGACGAGAGCAUACAUCCGUACUUCCGUGCCCAGAACACCGAUUACCGUCGCUCCGGCUAUGACCGGGGUCACAUGGCGGCGGCGGGCAAUCAUCGCCUGCACCAGAAACACUGUGACGACACCUUCCUACUGUCCAACAUGGCGCCACAGGUGGGACAGGGAUUCAAUCGCGAUGCCUGGAACACACUCGAGACGCAUGUGCGCAAACUUACCAAGUUCUACACCAACGUCUACGUCUGCACCGGUCCACUGUAUCUGCCCCACAAGGAAGACGACGGCAAGAUGUAUGUGAAGUACGAGGUGAUCGGAUCCAACACAGUCGCAGUACCCACGCACUUCUACAAAGUGAUUGUGAGCGAGGCUGCUGACCAGAAACUGCACAUGGAAGCCUACGUGAUGCCCAACAAGGUGAUCAGCAAUGACACGCCACUCCAGGUGUUCCAGGUGCCGCCAGAGACGGUGGAGCGGGCCGCCGGGCUGCUCUUCUUCGAUCAACUCAAUAGGCAACAAUUGGCCAGCAUAAAUGGCAAGAAAAUUUAAGAUUGUCGUUUAGAGUUUUUAGUAAAUUGUAUUUUGUUUAAUUUAUGGUUGAUUUCUUCAAGUUGCUCUUCUUUUUGAAAGAAUUGUGUUGAUUAAUAAAAUGUAAACAAUUAA